GAUAACAAACUGUUGAUAUGACUUGAAUCGGAUUAUCAGCCAGAAGGAUUCGAGGUUCCUGGAAAAGAAGACUAUGUUUGUAAGCUGAAGAAGUCCUUGUAUGAACUUAAGCAGUCUCCGAGGCAGUGGUACAAGAGAUUUGACAGUUACAUGCUUGAGCUGGGCUAUAGCAGAAGUCCAUAUGAUUGUUGUGUGUAUCACAACAAGGUGGAAGAUGGUUCGAUGAUCUAUCUUGUUCUGUAUGUGGAUGAUAUGCUCAUAGCUGCGAGGUCGAAGUCUGAUAUCCAGAAGUUAAAGGGGCUUCUCAGUGCUGAGUUUGAGAUGAAGGAUUUGGGAGCUGCUCAGAAGAUCUUGGGUAUGGAGAUUUACAGGGACAGGUCGAAGAAGAAGCUUUUCUUGUCACAGAAGAGCUACAUCCAGAAGAUACUGUCGAGGUUUGGCAUGUCUUCAGCAAAGCCCUUAAAUACUCCUAGUGCUUCAAAUGUUCAUCUAUCCUCAGCUUAUGCACCACAGUCGGAGGCUGAGAAGGAGUACAUGUCGAGAGUCCCAUAUGCUAGUGCAGUAGGUAGCUUGAUGUACGCUAUGGUAUGCACUAGACCUGAUCUUGCACAUGCUGUUAGUGUUGUCAGCAGGUUUAUGAUACAACCUGGGAAGGAGCAUUGGCAGGCUGUGAAGAGGAUCUUCCGGUACCUUAAGGGUACACCUGAUGUGGGGAUUAGCUUCGGAAGUGAUACAGAGUGCUUGGUGUCUGGGUAUUCUGACUCGGACUAUGCUGGAGAUGUUGACACGAGGAGAUCGAUGACCGGUUAUGUAUUCACUCUUGGGAGUUCUGUAGUGAGCUGGAAGGCAACUUUGCAGUCGGCGGUGACAUUGUCUACUACUGAGGCAGAGUAUAAUGCGUUGACAGAAGCUGCUAAGGAGGGAAUAUGGUUGAAAGGACUGGUUGGUGAUCUUGGUCUACAUCAUGAUCAGGCAGUGGUGUAUUGCGACAGUUUGAGUGCAAUAUGCUUGGCCAAGGAUCAAGUCCACCAUGAGAGGACUAAGCACAUCGAUGUGAGGUAUCAUUUCUUGAGGACAGAGAAGAGGAUUAAGGUGAAGAAGGUUGGCACCGCGGAUAAUCCUGCUGAUAUGUUCACGAAGCCGGUUCCACAUGGCAAGUUCCAACACUGCUUGGACUUGCUGAAUGUCUUGAGUGGGUGACUCCGCCCUGCGGGGCAUUGAUGGCGGGAGAGAGAGAUAGAAGGAGCAGAGUACAUCAGAGAUUUCAGAGGAAGAGGAUUCAAGUCAAGGUGGAGAUUUGUUGAUAUGACUUGAAUCGGAUUAUCAGCCGCUACGACUGGUAAUCGGGGGUCUCGCUGACCGUUUCCUUUGCUAGAUUGGAUUAGGUUUAGACCCACAUGGAGAAGUACUAUAAAUACUUCUCAUACUC